GUCUGUUGGGACGCCGGAGGAAUCCAAAACCCCUCCCCUCAUCGACGGGGAAGGGAAGGGGUGGUUUGGUCAUUUGAGCUUCACAUUGAAAGAACUUUUUUGGCAAAAUCGCGGUAAUAACUGCGCCGUAGAUUCCUUUCGCCGGAGGUCUCAUCCUCAACUGGCCCCGAACUUACUGGUUUGCUCUCCGGAGGUCGGUUUUUCCGGCUGAAGACUUAAUUGCUCGGACCUGCACCCUGAUAGUGCUUUUGCCAAACUCCGAGAGUGUCCUCGGUUGCAGAGACGACUCUAUAACCAUAUAUCCUCCUUAGAGAGAGAGAGAGAGAGGCCAUAAAUUCAUCGGUUACGCUAUUCUCUCUCUCUCUCUGUCUCGCUCGCUCUCUCUCUCUCUCUCUCUUCUUGGUUGCCAUAAUAACUCCGCGUCCAUUAACUUCACUUCUAUUUCAGAAGGAGGGGGCGAAAUCCCCCGCGAGAUCGAGGCCUGGAUUGUAUGGUCCACCAAGCGGUUUUUCGCCGGCGAGGGUGCCGUUAAGGUGGGGGAGGGGGAGUUAUGAAAUGGGUAGUCGAGAUUCGAGGAGGGGAGUGAAGGAGAAGGGAUAUCCAUCUCUUUCCGUUUCGGGGGUUCUCUGAAUUCGUGAUGAAGGAACUGUGGAUGGGGUUUCGAGAGGGAGUGUAGGAGGAGAGCAGGAGGAUGAGGGAUUAUGGUGGUGGGCAAACAAGGGUUCUGGUAGGGUUUAUCGAUGUAUUUACAUGGGUUGGAGGAGGCGUUCGGGGGAGUGACGGGGCCGGGUUAUCACCACUGUGAGCGAGGGGAGAAGAGUUUGAUGCUGGUGACGAUGGACGGAGGGUCUGGCGACGAUCAGGAUGUGUCCGAUCCCAGGAGGAAGAAGAAAUACCACCGGCAUACUGCCCGUCAGAUUCAGCAGCUUGAAGCGAUGUUUAAGGAAUGCCCGCACCCAGAUGAAAAACAGAGGCUCCAACUCAGUCGUGAAUUGGGUCUCGAGCCCAGGCAGAUCAAAUUUUGGUUCCAAAACAGGAGGACCCAAAUGAAGGCACAGCAUGAGCGUGCUGACAAUUGUGCGCUAAGAGCAGAGAAUGACAAGAUUCGCUGUGAAAAUAUAGCCAUAAGGGAGGCUCUCAAGAAUGUGAUUUGCCCCUCUUGUGGCCCUCCUGUAGGCGAAGACAUUUACUUCGAUGAGCAGAAACUGCGCAUGGAAAACGCUAGGCUUAAAGAGGAGCUUGACAGAGUAUCCAGCAUCGCUGCAAAGUACAUUGGGAGGCCUAUUCCACAGCUACCACCAGUACAACCUGUCCACUUAUCUUCUCUCGACCUAACUGUUGGUGGCUUCGGAAGCCAGCAAGCGCCGGGGCUCUCUCUCGAUCUCGAUCUUCUUCCGGGUAGUUCGGUAGGGGGUUCCUUGGUCGGGCUGCCGGUGCAGAGUGGAGGGGUCGCAGAAUUGGAGAAGUCCUUCAUGGUGGAGGUGGCCACAAAUGCCAUGGAGGGAUUCAUCCGAAUGUUGCAGAUGGAAGAGCCUCUGUGGAUGAGAUCCGUCACAGAUGGAAGGGAGAUUCUCAAUCUUGAGGCAUACGAAAGAAUGUUCCCUCGACCAAGCCAGUCGAAAGCUCCGGAUAUUAGGACCGAAGCAUCCAAAGAUUCAGGGCUGGUGAUCAUGAAUGGAAUGGCUUUAGUUGAUAUAUUGGUAGAUGCGAACAAAUGGGCGGAGAUGUUUCCUACCAUUAUUUCGAGGGCAAGAACUGUGGAUGUGCUUGCUGCAGGCAUGUCCGGCAAUCGAAGUGGUUCCCUGCAACUGAUGUAUGCAGAACUACAAGUGCUCUCCCCUUUGGUUUCUACUAGGGAGUUCUAUUUUCUUCGAUACUGCCAACAGCAUGGACCAGGGACAUGGGCAGUAAUGGAUGUUUCCGUUGAUUGCUCCAAAGAAAGUCAGUUUACUUCUCCCUUGCGAUGUCGAAAGCUUCCAUCUGGUGUCUGGAUCCAAGAUAUGCCUAAUGGCUAUUCUAAGGUCACCUGGAUAGAACAUGUUGAAGUCGAAGAUAGGAGUACGGUGCACCGAAUCUAUCGGGAACUUGUUCACAGUGGAUUAGCAUUUGGUGCCCAACGAUGGCUUGCUACAUUACAGAGAAUGUGCGAAAGAUAUGCGAGCCUAAUGGUGACCAGCAUAUCAACAAGGGAACUUGGAGUAAUCCCUUCACCUGAGGGCAGGAGAAGCAUGAUGAAGCUUUCGCAGAGGAUGAUUAACAACUUCUGUUCUAGCAUUAGUGCCUCCAGUAGCCAUAGAUGGACCACACUGUCCGGGGUGAACGAUGAUGGAGUUCGGGUCACUACCCACAAGAGCAUUGACCCUGGUCAGCCAAAUGGGGUUGUUCUUAGUGCAGCGACCUCACUGUGGUUGCCAGUGUCUGCACAAACCGUCUUCAAUUUCUUUAGAGAUGAGAGGACGAGGGCACAGUGGGAUGUCCUCUCUAGCGGUAAUUCAGUUCAAGAAGUCGCUCACAUUGCUAAUGGAUCUCAUCCUGGCAACUCUAUCUCACUGCUUCGAGCAUUCAAUGCCAGCCAGAACAACAUGUUGAUACUACAGGAAAGCUGCACAGAUGCUUCGGGAUCUAUGGUGGUGUAUGCCCCAGUUGAUGUCUCUGCAAUUAACAUAGCAAUGAGCGGGGAAGAUCCUUCGUACAUAGCACUCCUCCCUUCAGGAUUCACUAUAUCACCCGAUGGCCGCCAUGAUCAACAAAGAAGUGGCACUAGUAGCAGCAGCAGCAGCAGCAAUGCCGCAACAGGUUCGUUGAUAACAGUGGCGUUCCAGAUUUUGGUUAGCAGUUUGCCAUCAGCUAGACUCAAUCUGGAAUCGGUAACCACAGUAAAUAACCUCAUCAGCACCACUGUCCAACAAAUAAAAGCUGCCUUGAAUUGCUCUGGUGCCUGAUGGGCACCUCAUUAACUUGACCUGCACUCCCUUUUUUAAAGUAUCAGAGAAGCCUCAGUUCUUGCUGCCUGCAUUCAAGAUAUUUGUGGCUCCCCUUGAAUGCUUCCAUCAAGAGCUGACCUGCAGAAAUUUUUCCGUUUUUUCUCUUUUUUCUCUUUCUUCUGUUUUUUGUCUCCAACACGCGCCCGCGGAAGAAGAAUUCUCAGCACUAAAGAAGGAAAGAAAGGAAAAGGAAGGCCUCCAAAGAGGGAGUCAAGAACGCACCAUAGAUGUCUUAUUUUGUGCUAUAUGGUUCGGGUAUUGACUUCUGUUCAGGGGCCGGGCCUCCUUCCUAUAGGAAAACUUUCUGAUUUGGUUUGUAAUCUCUUUAUUUCCUUUUAAUUCCAUUUAGUUAUUUCAUAUA